AGAAACAAUGCGGCGAAUCGGGACCUAAACCGCAAUUUUCCGGACUUUUUCCAAGACAAUAGUCGGUCGGAACAGCCGGAAACGGCGGCCAUAAGGAAAUGGAUCCAAAGCGUGCCAUUCGUACUGUCGGCCAACUUUCACGGCGGGACAGUUGUCGCCAAUUAUCCGUACGAUAACAAUAAGUUUGGUUUACGCAAGAAGUCUGUGGCGCCGGACAAUGACGUCUUCAGACAUCUGGCGCUCACUUAUGUCAAGAAACACCCGAAUAUGAAGAGUCCGGUUCAGUGCAAAGAGAGGACAGACGCCUUCGAGAACGGCAUUGUCAACGGCGCCCAAUGGUAUCCCGUCAAAGGAGGAAUGCAAGACUAUAACUACAUAUUUGGUGGAGUAAUGGAGAUAACAGUGGAGGUGUCGUGUUGUAAAUACCCGCCGAAAGCGACACUUUCUGGCUAUUGGAACGAUAAUAAGCAGUCAUUGGUUACAUACUUACAACAAGUGCACAGAGGGGUGAAGGGACUGAUCCGGGAACAACUCAGUGAGAAUGCCAUUGCCAGCGCUGAGAUCAGGAUUGUGGGCAGAGAUAUGGUCUUCCGGCCCACCAAUAGAGGCGAGUACUGGAGAAUACUAAUGGCCGGCGAUUACGCCAUCGAAGUGGCCGCCAAAGGCUACCAAACUGUUCGCAGACAAUUCACUGUAGUGGGCGAGAAAGUGACCAGGCUUAACAUUUAUAUGUACAAAACCAAUGAACACAAACACUCGGCCGUUGCCGACAGGAUUACCGCUGAAUCCAAUGAUAGUCGCGUUCAUUGCAAUACAAUUCUCAUAUUAUUCUCGUUAUUGUGUUAUAUUUUAAACAAUUCUUAACCCAAAUACUCAUCAAAUCAUUAUAUUUAUUAUAUGCAACAAAACUUCAUUCAAUAACCAAUGAAUUAAAUUUUAUUAGUAUUCAAGCGUUACAUUUACAGCCAAUUGUUUUAUCACAGAAUCCAAUGAUUGCAUUCAAUGCAAUCAUUUUAUGGCCAAACAUUUUAGUAUAUUUAGGCAUUUUAGGC